AUGCCAGGCCCGGUACUGAUCACCAUGAAAAGGUUAGAAAAAAGGAGACGAUUGGGAACAAUUCAUAGUAUCAAUUCUCUUCCUGAGGAUCUGAUCAUAGAGAUUCUUACGAAACUGCCUCCGAGAUCGGUGUCCAAGCUCAUCUGCGUCUCAAAAGUCUGGUCAUCUAUAAUCCAAGGAAAGCAUUCCACUGACUUCACGGGUCAGUUCUUAACUUUACCUACUUUACCUAGACUUACUGGGGAAUCAAUCUUUUUUGGAUAUGAACCGGUUAAUGAUCUAUACAAAGUCUUUUCCGUGAGAUCAAUCUUUGACGAACAUGGACACUUUGUUAGUGGAGAGCAUCACGUUUUCACUCUAGGAGCUCAAAAGACAUGGAGAAUGAUCAAAUGUAAGUUUCCCCAUUACCCUAUAACUCAAGGUAUAUGCAAGAAUGGGGUUGUUCAUUAUCAAGCUUGGUCUUUCAGACCUGACAAAACCUCUCACGUAGUAGUGAGCCUUGAUAUGAAAUCUGAAGAGUUUAAUCUUAGGACAUUACCUGAUUGUGUCAGCGGACAAUAUGGUACGAAUUUGGUUAUCUACAACGGAAAGAUAGCCUUAUCUAAUGAUUCUUGCGGCGGUAAAUUCGACUUGUGGGUUCUGAUGGAUGUCAACAAUCAAGAAUGGACAAAGGUUUCUGUAUCUGUUCCUUCUUGGAACGAUUUAGUUGGUAAAGACAGAUUAUGUUGCAGGGGUACUCUUAGUACCGGAGAGCUAUUAUUUGAACCAUUUCAUAUCCCUUACCGGUAUUUUAUUAUUUAUUAUAAUCCCAAAGAAGACAAGGCUCGAAGAGUUGACUUUGAAAGAAGUGGAGAUCACUGGAGAAUCUUCCUGGAUCAUGUAGAGAGCCCUAUGUUUCUUCCAAGGAAUGUUACCGUUUGA